GGUGAUCCGAACUGAGCGGCGCUGAGUCGCAGAGCGCGGCGGUGCCCUGGUCUGUGCGCGCAAGUGCCCGGAGUUGCAUCCGCGCCUCGUUCGGGCUCGGCCUCUAUGGAUGAGACGAGCCCCUUGGUGUCUCCGGAGCGCGGGCCGGCCGCAGGGUAUGGGGUUCCCGGAGGUGCCGUGCGCUCCCCGCCCUGCCCCGCCGCCGCCCCCUCCGCGCCUCCGCCCUGCCCUUGCCCCUGCCCCUCGCUGCCGGGCUCUCCCGCAGGUGGCCGCGACCGGGAGCGCCAGCCCCUCCUGGAUCGGGGUGCGGGCGCAGAGCGUGGGGCGCGCGGGGCGGUAGGGUCGGCCGGGUCGGCGCAGGUCCAGGCACCAGUUGGGUUGGGGGCAGCGGCUGCUGCGGCCCGCGUGGAGCGGGAGCCCCGGAAUGAAUUUCCCGACGACCCAGAAUUCGCCGAAGUGGUGCGGCAGUCGGAGUUGGCGAGCGAGCGCGGCAUCUACCCGGAGCGCAUCUACCAGGGUUCUAGCGGCAGCUAUUUCGUCAAGGACCCGCAGGGGAAAAUCAUCGGCGUAUUCAAACCCAAGAAUGAGGAACCUUAUGGGCAACUGAACCCUAAGUGGACAAAGUGGCUGCAGAAACUGUGCUGCCCCUGUUGUUUCGGAAGGGACUGCCUUGUUCUUAACCAGGGAUACUUAUCUGAGGCUGGUGCUAGUCUUGUUGACCAGAAGUUGGAACUGAACAUUGUUCCCCGCACAAAGGUGGUGUACUUAGCCAGUGAAACAUUUAACUACAGCGCCAUUGACAGAGUGAAGUCCCGGGGCAAACGCCUGGCCCUGGAGAAAGUGCCAAAAGUGGGGCAGAGGUUUCACCGAAUUGGGCUUCCUCCAAAGGUGGGCUCCUUCCAGAUCUUUGUGGAAGGCUACAAGGAUGCAGAUUACUGGCUACGUCGCUUUGAGGCUGAGCCCCUCCCAGAGAAUACUAACCGCCAAUUGCUGCUGCAGUUUGAGAGGCUGGUGGUGCUGGACUACAUCAUUCGCAAUACGGACCGGGGAAAUGACAACUGGCUUAUCAAGUAUGACUGUCCUUUGGACAGCACAAGUGUGCGGGACUCAGAAUGGGUAGUGGUGAAGGAGCCUAUAAUUAAACUUGCUGCCAUUGACAAUGGCCUGGCUUUCCCUCUCAAGCAUCCAGAUUCUUGGAGAGCAUACCCUUUCUACUGGGCAUGGCUGCCCCAGGCCAAGGUGCCCUUUUCCCAAGAGAUCAAGGAUCUGAUACUGCCAAAGAUUUCAGACCCUAAUUUUAUCAAGGAUUUAGAAGAAGACCUCUAUGAACUCUUCAAGGUAACCACAGGCACCAGGAAAGAUCCAGGCUUUGACAGGGGCCAGUUCCACAAGCAGAUUGCCGUCAUGCGUGGCCAGAUCCUGAAUUUGACCCAGGCCUUGAAAGAUGGGAAGAGCCCCCUUCACCUGGUCCAGAUGCCCCCUGUAAUUGUAGAGACAGCUCGCUCCCACCAGCGCUCUGCCAGUGAGUCGUACACGCAAAGCUUCCAGAGCCGCAAGCCCUUCUUUUCCUGGUGGUAGCAGAGGCCUCUGCGACUCAUCGAGGAACCCGAGUUAAUCACUUGACAGCGGGCAGCCAAUCCUCCAGACUGAGGCCGCUGUGCUGCUGCCAGUGGGAGAUGUAAGCAGGCGCUACCAGCCAGCCUCAACUCUGCACAUUCCCAGCAGGAAGGGAGGCCCUUCCUUAGACCUGACUGCUCCCCCCCUCUUGCUGCGGGCAGAAAUGCCCGCCCGCUCCCCAGCCUGAGCAUGGCAGCAUCUCCCAGCAGGUGCCUGCAUGCAGCAUCCUUUGGUUUCAAGCCGUCCCUCUAAUGGCCAUCUGGGUGGAGAACACCCCCAGGGUCCUCUGCCUGGGAAGGCUGGCAAUGAAGGGGGAUGAUCUGAGUUGGAUAGAAGUGCUCCUGCUGUGUGCAACUCCCAGCCUUGAUAUUCCUCCCUCCCUUCCUGCACCCUGUUUUAUCCUGCAGUGGAGGGGGGGGCCCUGCUCCACUAGGUUUGCUCUGUUAUCUGUGGUCCUACCGAGCUCCUCCUAGUGCUGUAGGCACCAGUCAUGUCUUGGGGCUAUCCAUAAGGAGCACAGCUGCCACCGACUGCUCCUGGGAGGAUGCAAGUUGGGAUAGAGAGGAAAGAAGAACUUUAAGGGUCGGACUAGAGCCUGUUGGUGCAGCUUUUGUCUGCCUGGGGUAACGGUAAAUAUUAGAAGGUAGGUCCUGAAAGAGUAUAACUGCUGUGCUUCCUUCCCUUCCUUCUGCAAGGGAGUAAAUGCCUCAAAUAGUAGAUUUUAACAUUGGUUUUAAAUAAUUGAACCCAAGUGCAUACACUUGUUUUCCAUGUAGUCCCGGAGCAACUGAGAGGAUCACUAUAUCCUAGCACUGUUAGCCUUGGGCUAGUAUUUCACACCCAUCUAGUCUGAUCCCUAGGGGAAGUAAUAGCUGUGCCUCUUCUCUGCCAAUGCUGGGGUGAGCGGGAGGCAGAAAAGAGGCCACUGCCAGAGGUAGAAUCCUCCCUUGGGCUGCGUUUGGGCAUUGACAAUCGGGAGGGGGGAGGAGGUUCUCUGGGUGGGGUUGCCUGCUGCCAUGGGGGAAAUGCCCUCACCGCAUCCUCAUAAGGGGAAGCACUCACAUUAGGAUCACUACCAUACCGAGGCCCUUUACACCCCCAUGUGCAGUGGAAUGGUACAGUGAAUGCUGCUUUUUGAAAGCCUCUGUGCUAAAUCCCUGGCAUCAAGUUUCCCUCUGAAAUUGUCCAUAUAAGUGUCCUGAUUUCUCCUUGGGUGUUGCUGAUUUGGCUGCCACUCAGGCCUGCGAGGAGAAGCCUUGCAUCGAGACCAGCUUCUCUGCUGUUCAGAGCAGGCGCCUGGUGCCCUGUAUGUGGGGGGUGUGCCUCUUUCUCACUUGGGGGACAAUUCCCUGCUGUAUGCCUGAGGUGCCAGGCUGAAGCUGAUGUACUUGAUGCCAGGCACGGGUUCUUUUCCUUUUUGCCAGCCUGAACUGAAAUGUAUCGUUCUUAUGCACUGUAGAAAUGUAUGUAAUAUAUUUAAAUCAAUGCAAGUAUCUUCAUAA